AUGUUUACGAAGCAAAUUGAUGAUUGGACUUCCGAGUCCUGGACAAGCCGCUUGCGGUCAGAGGCGGGGCAUCCACGUUUCCAAGGCCUCGAGAGAGACUUCUCAGACUUUACAUACGUCGAUGCCUCCGGACAGAUGAGGGCUUUGCUAAGCGAUGUUGGUAUUGAACCCCACGCAGCAUGGUCCAAUGCUACCAAGUUCCACCUCGAGGUGAAGAGCACGCUGGGUUCCUGCGCCGAGCCCAUAUUCGUCUCGCAGAAUCAAGUUGACAAGAUGAGAGAGUUCCAUGGGACGGCGAAGGAUGCGUAUAUCUUGCUCCGUGUGUUCAACGUUGAAGACAGUAAAAAUGUUGGAAUUAAGUUCUUCGACGACCCAUGGAGUCUUUACAUGGAUAAUGUCCUGAAAUUUAGGUCUGACCAGGGAUAUAAGGUGUACCAAUAA